AUGGAUAAGGAGAUUGACAUUUUUCAAAGUGACAGAGAAGAAGAAUUUGAAAGGGACAGCUCCGACCCGCCUGAUGAAGAUCAGAGGGAUAGCUCAGAGCAGGAAGUGGGUUGGGGGUCUCUUCUUGAUAUGUGCCUUAGACAUAUCUUUGAGUUUCUAGAGGACCGAGAUCGUCGGAGUGCACAGCUGACUUGUCGUCACUGGCACCAUGUCAUGCGCUCCCCAUCUUUGUGGCGCUCUCGCUACUUCAACUUCACUGGUCGCCAUUCCAGACACAGGCCCUCUGAGUACAGCCUUGCUGUGCCCUAUGCCCGCAGUUUAGGGGUCUACCUGCAGACAAUGGAGGUGUGGGUGGUUCCUCCGCGCAAGCCCAUGAUGGCUCGGCGGCUGGAGCAGACCAUCAGUGGGCUGUUGUCUGAGCUGACAAGGUAAACAAUGGUUUUCUAGAGGCUUGUCUAAGUGUCUUCAUUUGAAUAAUUCAGCAUCCAAAUGAAUCUUUUCCUCUUGUUUAAACUAUUUUGACAGAGUAAGGGCCCCACUCCACACCAUGUACAUUAUAAAGCUGGAGUUGGACAAGACCCAAUGGACCUCAAGUCAAAGGGCCUCUAUAGUCAACAACUUGGUUGCCUUUUUUCGCAGAGGGGGAUUAAGUCUUACAUCUGUUUGUCUGUAUGGGAUGCAAAACAACCUGGCUCAUGUAAGUAAAACACCACUUAAGAAUAGUACAUGUGUAGAUAAGUCACUGGGGCUUCCUAAUAGGACUAGAAAAAAACACGCAAAGAAGUCAAAUCUCAAAGUUAGGCAGGUAGAGUUGGUCAGUAUAUAACGAAUGGACCCUGACACUGAAUCUUCAAGUGGGCAGUCUUAUCAGUGCCACUAAUAACUUCAUCUUUUUCCAGUAUCCCUUUGCCAGUGACUGACAGCACUACUGCUGACUCAUUCAUUAUUCACAGUUCAUGAGAUUCUGGGGAAAUGCUGUUAGAAACCCCACUGUGAUUAGAUUUUUGAUGAAGUAUUAACAGCAUAAAUAGUGUUUGCAAAGUUGAAAACCAGUAAAUGAUUCUGCUGGGUGUAUGAUGAAGAGUAUGCCUUAUUGUUAGGACUCCAAGUGUUUAAGGUAUCACUAUGCACUGGCUGAGCCAUAAAACUCUAAAAGAGCAAAAGAGUAAUUGACUUAACUCGUUAAAGAUUUGAACAAAGGCAUUUUAAUCAGCAGGCAUUUAUUUCCAACCAAGUUUAGCCUCAAUCAUUUUUUAGUAAAUUGGCAUCUGAUGUGAAAUGGAUUAAAAUUUGAGUUAAGAUUAGAAAACACUUGAUUUCAGAUUAUUGGUCUGGCUGUGGCUUAGGACAAAGAGCUUAGUUAUCAACUAAAGGGAAGGUCGGCAUGUUGAUUUCAACCACUUUACAUCCCCAUGAUAAAGAGUGUGACUUUAUACUCUAAAGCAUUUCUACACUGAGAAAAUCAUUCAGACUAUGCUUAAAGUUCUGUUCAUUUUCCUCUUCAAUCAGGGUCUGGACCUGCUUUCUGCACUGGUAUAUUCACAGACGCGUCUCUCACCCCAGAACUUCAUCUCAACGUUGGACUUAACAAAGUUUUUUUCCAGCUCGGUGCAUGUCCACUCAAACUUCCAUAUCCCCCACUUCUUGGGCCAUCUAAAGAGUCUCACUAACCUGAGCUUGAGUUACUCUUGUCUGUCAGAUCAGCUGCUAGCUGCUCUCCAGUAUAGACCGCAUAGACAGAACCAGCAACCAAGUAGAGAUAGGGGCCCACUGCACACACUGGCCCUGCGUUGCAGUUGGAAUGAGCACCAUGAACAUGUAAGCAAGAAAAAAAAAGUACCACUGGCAACAAGAAACACUUAAAACCAUCAUACUCCAUCACCAUGUAUCAACCAUUUUUGCAACUGUUAUUUAAAAGUAUUUCUUAGCAGCUUCCCCAUCAGUUUAUAAAGUAUUGAAUACUGUUUGAUAGUGUUAUUUAUUUUAGGGAAGGCGAGAUUUUCAGUGAAUGUUUAAAUCAGCUAAGAAACAGUUUGAUGCCAACAUGUAGUGUGAUGGCAAAACCCCACUGUCUAGCUAGUUGACUACUGUGCUUUAUUGUUGUAUGUGUUAUAUGGUAAGUUUAUCAAUAGCAGAGAUUAAUGAUAAGAUAACAGUGAUGUUAGCUAGGACACGAUUCGUUUAAACGAUGCUGCCUGCAACAUGGUUUGAUAGGAUUACAGUGUUGUUUUGAGCAGAACAUAAUCAAGCUAAUUAAAUAUGAUGUUUUUACAAAAGGACACCCCAAGGUUCAAACAUUUUUCAUUGUAUCAUAUGUAGCUUAUCAUUCAAUCAAUCAACCAAAAGAUUUUUCAGACUUCCUGUUUUCAGACAGCUCUCAUUUUGGAUCAGCAAAACUUUUUAACCUUAAUUUCCUCUUUACAGACGGUGUCAGGCAGCUCAUGGACAUCUUUGGCCUCAACCUGCCCGGGGCUAAAGGUCAGGUUCGAUGUGGACCAGAUCAUCGACACUAACCGCCUUGCACGAUUCCUGCUGCCUGAGAUUCCCCUGACAGGAUUCACCAUGACAGCUUUCUAUUCUAUUGAUAGCGAAUGGAGUGCUAGGCCUGUCCUACUUGACCUGCUGCCUCAGUACAGACGCAGUCUGCAGGUCAGAGUGCAAAGGAAACAGCUUGCCAACAGGCAGAAAGUGUAGAAAAGCAGGGUUACACUGAAUUCAAGGCUUUUUGCAUGAUUGGUUUAGAUUAGCUGAGAUCUGGAGUUACAAGUUUGACUAAGUUCUCCUUAUAACUAUUCUCAAAGAGUUCAGAAUAAGAUUUGAUGGCCAACAUCUUGGCGGUUGUAAACUAGGUUAGCUAUUGCAUUGUACAUGUGCAGCAUUUUGUUUGUUUUUGUUGAAGAUAGGGACAGUUUUCCUGAAUAUUAAUGAAUAUCUAAGUCCACAUGUCACAAUUUAAUGAAGAAAAUAAUGAAUUUCAGUACAAAUGGUACAUUCAUGUUUUAGCAUGUUUUCGGUAACCUUUAUCUGUUCUGCCUAUAGUAUUUGACCCUUGAUCUGAGCAACUGCAGUGAACCCCUGGAUGAGGAGCUGCUGCAGCUGGUCGAACUGUGUGAGUGUCUUCAGGACUUAAGAGUCUGGGCUUUCUUAGACAUCAGCACUGUGGCGAGGCUGCUGCACAUCCGACUGACCAGAAGGCGCCUUCUCAAUAAGAUUAUUGUAAGAAAAAAAAAAGACCCAUUCCUCCUGAAAAAGCAUUUACACUGUUAACAUUUACUUUGAGGUUAUACUUGUGUUGAUCAUUUCCCCCAGGUAAGAAUCUACUCUCUGAACGGAAACACUGAAGAAGGGGAAGAACAGCUUGAGGAAAUUAUGUCCUCUUACCCGCAGCUCCCUCCUGAACUGGACUUUUCUGCCAGAGUUGACCCCUCAUACGAUCUCGUAUGA